AAAGCCGACGCACAAGAUGGCGGUCCAGUCAAUGGUUUCGAAGAGAAAGAAGGAGUUUAUUGGACUCCCAGCUCCACUUGGUUAUGUUCCCGGUCUAGGAAGAGGAGCUACAGGUUUCACCACCCGAUCUGAUAUCGGUCCAGCCAGGGAUGCUGAUGACAUCUCGGAUGACCGUCACGCGCCACCGAAGAAGAAAAAAGACGAUGAUGAAGACGAUGAUGAAGAUUUGAAUGAAGCAAAUUAUGAUGAGUUCACAGGUUUCGGUGGAAGUUUGUGCGGUAAAGAUCCUUAUGAUAAAGACGACGAGGAAGCUGACCAAAUUUACGAAGCGAUCGAUAAACGGAUGGAGGAGAAGCGAAAAGAGCGACGAGAGGCGCGGCUUCAGGAGGAGCUGGAGAAAUAUCGUCAGGAACGUCCAAAGAUCCAGCAGCAGUUUUCCGAUUUGAAGCGAGAAUUGGCGCAAGUCUCAUCAGAAGAAUGGGUGAACAUCCCAGAAGUUGGCGACGCCAGAACGAAAAAACAGCGAAAUCCUCGAAAAGAGAAAUACACUCCAGUGCCUGACUCAGUGUUACACCAAGCAGCCAUGUCUGGUGAAACCACGACUGCCAUGGAUGUGAUGGAGCAGAGAUAUGGUGGCCUGGUGUCCCCCUUCCCGGGUACCGGAACUCCUCAAGCCGAUAUUGAUAUGAAGAAGAUUGGCCAGGCCAGGAACACGUUGAUGGACAUCAAGUUAACACAGGUUUCUGACUCCGUCAGUGGACAGACAGUAGUUGACCCAAAAGGCUACCUGACUGAUCUACAAUCUAUGAUCCCAAAUCACGGCGGUGAUAUAAACGACGUCAAGAAGGCACGCUUGCUCCUCCGCUCGGUCCGCGAGACGAAUCCCAAGCAUCCGCCUGCGUGGAUUGCAUCGGCUCGUCUUGAAGAGGUCACAGGCAAGCUCCAGACAGCUAGGAAUCUUAUCAUGAAGGGCUGUGAGGAGUGUGUGAAGAGUGAGGACAUCUGGUUGGAGGCUGCCAGGCUCAUGCCAGGAGAUCAAGCCAAGGCAGUCGUGACACAGGCAGUCCGACAGAUACCCCACUCGGUCAGAAUCUGGAUCAAAGCCGCCGAUCUGGAAAUGGAAUUAAAGCCAAAGAAGAGAGUGUUCAGGAAAGCGCUUGAGAAUAUUCCAAACUCUGUUAGACUGUGGAAGGCCGCUGUGGAGCUGGAGGAUGAGACAGACGCCAGGAUUAUGUUGAGUCGAGCGGUCGAGUGCUGUCCGACAAGUGUGGAGUUGUGGUUGGCCCUUGCGCGGCUCGAGACGUACGAAAAUGCACGUAAAGUCUUGAACAAGGCGAGAGAGAACAUUCCAACGGAUCGACAGAUUUGGAUCACUGCCGCAAAGUUGGAGGAAGCCAAUGGAAAUAUACACAUGGUGGAGAAGAUCAUUGCCAGAGCGCUGCAGUCGUUGCGAGCGAACAUGGUUGAGAUCAACCGCGAUCAGUGGAUCAAAGAUGCGGAGGAUUGCGAGAAGGCGGGAAGUAUCAACACCUGUCAGGAGAUUGUGCAAUCAGUUAUCAGUGUGGGUAUUGAGGAUGAAGAUAGGAAACACACAUGGAUGGAAGACGCAGAAAGUUGUGCCACCAACGGGGCCGUCGAAUGUGCUAGGGCAAUUUACGCGUUUGCCCUGCAAGAAUUCGCCAGCAAGAAAAGCAUCUGGCUGAGAGCGGCCUAUUUUGAGAAGAAUCACGGAACCCGAGACUCCCUUGAGGCUCUGCUGCAGAGGGCCGUGGCUCAUUGCCCAAAGGCUGAAGUCCUGUGGCUUAUGGGCGCAAAGUCCAAAUGGAUGGCAAAUGACGUACCAGCGGCAAGAAGCAUCCUAGCGUUAGCCUUCCAGGCCAAUCCGAACAGCGAAGAGAUCUGGUUGGCUGCCGUCAAACUCGAGAGCGAGAAUAAUGAGUUUGAACGGGCGCGGCGUCUGCUGCAGAAGGCGCGAUCGAGCGCCCCCACGGCUCGUGUGAUGAUGAAGUCUGUGAAGCUCGAGUGGUGUUUGAAUGAUAUGAAGAAGGCACAGGAACUGCUCGAGGAGUCGGUCAAACAUUACCCAGACUUUCCAAAGCUCUGGAUGAUGAAAGGCCAGAUUGAUGAGCAGCAGAAGGAUCUGAAUGGAGCUAGAGCUGCUUACAACCAAGGGUUGAAAAAGUGUCCGGCUGCCGUUCCUCUGUGGCUUCUUCUGUCGCGAUUAGAGGAACGAAGUGGGAACAUCACGAAAGCCCGGUCCAUCCUAGAGAAAGCACGGUUGAAGAACCCUCAUUCUCCGGAGCUUUGGCUCGAGGCGGUGCGGGUUGAGAACCGAGGAGGUCUCAAGAACAUUGGUCAAACUUUGAUGGCAAAAGCAAUGCAAGAAUGUGGCUCGUCAGGCAUUCUUUGGGCAGAGGCAAUCUUCAUGGAGGCCAGGCCGCAGAGGAAAACAAAAUCCGUCGACGCCCUGAAGAAGUGCGAGCACGAUCCCCACGUUCUGUUGGCGGUCUCGAAAUUGUUCUGGGCAGAAAGGAAGAUCAAUAAGGCGAGAGAAUGGUUCACACGGACGGUCAAGCUCGACCAGGACUCCGGAGACGCUUGGUCGAAUUUCUAUAAGUUCGAGCUGAUGCAUGGCGCAGAGGAACAGCAAGACGAGGUCCUGAAGAGGUGCACAGUGAUUGAGCCUCAUCACGGAGAAGCCUGGUGCAAGGUCUCGAAGCAUAUCGACAACUGGAGACUCAAGACGUCAGAAAUCCUACCGCUCGUUGCUACCUCAUUGCCCGUGCCAGUGUGAGGAGGCGGUUUUGCUGGAUGGGAACGAAUCAGAUUGAAAUUAGGCCCAGGAUUGUGGAUACUAUAUUGCUCAGCUGGAUGUGGAUUUGUUUUUUAUUGGACUAAAUCUUAAGAAAAGUUACUUCACUUCUGCAAAGAGUCUGAAGUAUGAUCUGUACGUAAAAUUGAAGUCUUCAGUCUGUUAGUCAGUGGAUACUGAGUGUCGUCCUUCCAUUGAGAUCUGCUGUUUUGAGAACUUGAUGUAGUUUAACUAUCACGCAGCUGCAUACUGGUUUCGUUCAUGUUAAAACCUGUUGUGACAGUUUACUGCAACAUUGUAAGAGAGUGACGUACAUGUAAGUGGCCGUGUACAUGUAACUCUGUGCUGGUGUAGCCCGGGACAGACAAACUGCUUCUUCCGGAUGACAAUCGACUUUCUUCUUCAGAGCAAUAACUUAUGACACUUCUGUAAAUGAUAUAGAUAUAUAUUUUAAACCUCUCACACGGACAUGAACUGGUCAAAUGGCCCAGAACACAGGCAGGGAGAACCCACGUAGGCCUACACCCAAUAUUAGAAUCACAAAGGAAAUAGGCCGACUACUGAAUUACCCUGUAAGAACCAAUCUAAAAAUACCCCAAAUAAAUAAAGCUAGGCCCUUAAACCCCCAAGCUCUAAAUUCCUAGAUCUGGUAACACUGGCUUAGAAAAUAAAGAAUACUGUGUUGACACUGUUGAGCUCAUUGAAGUGCGUCUGUCACACAUAGGCCUACUACAUGUACAACAGUCCUAUUGCCAGUCUCUGUACUGGCUAAAUUGUGUCAAUACUGAAUUUUGUAAAAAGAUAUAACAUGUACAUGUAAAUGUAAAUGUAGAUGUCAAUAAAAUAAUAAACGAA